AUGGCCGCCGCGAGCGUGUUCGCGGCGAUUUCCACCGCGUCGGACGUCGCGGGGAUCGAGAAGCUCUACGGCGGCGACGGGGUGGAAGAGCGGCCGUCGAGCGUCGCCCGGCUGGUUGAGACCUCACAGUUGUGCGUGACUGCAUUCAAUGCGGCCGAUCUGUCCGUGGUCGGUUUCUUGUCGCUCGGGCACUACCCGGACGAGGAGCCGGAGGAGACUGAAGAGGGUGAGGAAUCGCGGCUCCAACGCUCCGAAUGGGCGGUCGCAGAGGCCCAGACGAUGGGCCACGUGUCUCCGGACAUCCUCUGGGUGAAGGCGCUCCAGCUGUCCCACGACAGCCAGGGCGUCGUGCACGCCAUGCUCUCGAAGUGCUUCACCCUCGCGCGGUCCCUCACGACCAUCGGCUGGGUCGCUCAGACGGUGGGGCGCGUAGGCAAGCCGAGCGUCCCGCCCAUCGUCCCCAAGGCCAUCUCCUCGCACCUCAGCCUCGCCGCACGCUCCGACGAAGUCGGCGCGCUCCUCUACACCUGCCACCGCGACGAUGUCAUCCCGAAGAUCCGCGUGCGCUUCGCGGAGGAGCGGGACUUCGACGACCUGCUGCCGCUGAUCCACUGCACGCUGGUGACGUCGCCGGCGCUGGCGCAGCUGCCGACGGCGGACGACGCGGCGGCGCUCGGCGAGACGACCGCGCUGGGCGACACCACGCGCACGACGGCCACGCAGCCGCCGGGCCCGCCGUCCGAGGCCGACGCGCUCGCGCGGCUGAUCGCCACGCAGGAUGCGCACUCCAAGGUCCUGGUCGCGGAGUGCGAGCGGCGGCGCGGGAAGCCCGGGGCCGUGCCGCGGGCGCGGCCGGCGAGCAACGCGAAUCCGGGCCGCAGCGCCGACGGCCCGAUGAUUGUGGGGAUGGUGGCGUUGUCGGACGACAUCGACGUAGCGGUCCUGCAGGAGUCGUUCGAGCUGGACACGUACGACUGGCUGCUGGACGCGGACGCGUACGACGACGUGAUGGAGCGGGCGCGGGGCAUGGUGGCGAAGCGGGCGGACCUCCUGGGGGACUCGGACGAGGAGGGGGGGAGUGAGAAGGACCUGGCGGGGGGGGAGUCCGCGGAGCAGCUCGCGAAGGCGCGAGUGGCGCGCGUCAUGGGUAGCGCGGCAGAGACGGACCCCUCCUCGUUCAUCAAGCCUAUCCGCGAGGACGGCGAAACCGCCCGCGUCGCGGCGGCACUGGAAGUCCUCGACCCGUCCUCGGGCAUCCUCGCCGAGGGCGACAUCCCGCCGCACAAGGCCUUCGCGGUCACGAUGCUCUGUGUGCUGCCGGGGUGGGAGCACGUCGGCCGCGCGCUCGCCGCGGGCGCCUUCAAGGCGUACGACGCGCUGGAGCACGCAGUCCUGACGCUGCCGUUCGGCACCGUCGAGCCGUUCGCGCUCGAGGCGUUCACGCGCGUGCCGCUGCGCGCGGGGAUGCAGUUCCCGGAGGUGCUGUACAUCUGUUCGCGCCCCGCGGUGACGUUCGACGUGUCGGUGCGCUUGGCCGAGGACGUGGACUUGCCGGCCAUCGAGCGGCUCACGGAGGGGCUGGACAACCGCGACGACCUGGUCGCGCACGUCGCGGAGAGCAUGCGGGACUCGGAGCGCGCGGGGAGCUGCAUGGUGGGCACGGCGAACGGCGAGGUGGUGGCGGUGGUGACGGUGGAGCAGGCGCUGCAGCUCGAGGCGCUCUGCGAGCGCUACAAGCUCCGGAAGCUCGUGGACGUGUCCGUGCACCGCCCCGAGGGCCACGCCGAGAUCGACGUCCUCGUCGUCAACCCUCUGUUCUUGUCGCACAGUCGACAGAUCAUGAGCGAGGUCAUGCGGCUGACGGGCACGACCUGCCUGUACUACGCGAUGGCGCUCGGCGAGGUCCCCGUCGACGUGCUCUGCGAGCUCCACCAGGUCCUCGUGCGCGGCGACAUCAGCUCCGAGGAGCGCGCACCCAGGGAGCACGAGGCCGCCCCCGGCGACGGCGGAGCGGACCCGGACGUGAUCCUCGAGGACUCCGAGGAGAUGCGGGAGGAGAGCUCGGAGGACGACGACGUCGGGUUCUCGCUCUACGCGCUCCCAGCGAAGUACAUCCACCACCGCCGCGUGCCCGUGAACAGCCGCGUGGUGGUCGUCGGGGCGUCCGAGACGGGCCUCGCGGCGGUGGAAUCGCUCCUGUGCCACCGCGACUUCCUCUUCGGGCACAUCACCGUGAUCAACCCCGGCGGCAUGCCCACCCCGGCGACCGAGGCGGGGCGGCGCGUCGGGCGCAUCGGCAUGGUAGGCGUGGCGACGCUGCUCGACGCGACGGUCGUCGGGAUCGACCGCGAGACGCGCACCGUCGCGCUGUCGGACGGCGGCGAGGUCGCGUACGACCUCCUCGUGCUCACGCCGGGCGUGCAGGACCAGACGCUGGCGCGCCUGGACAUUGCCGGCGACGACCGCCCGCCGGUGAUCACGGGCAUCGAGCUGUCGAUCGGCCUCACGGAGACGGUCGCGCAGGAGCUCGCGCUGUCGACGCAGGCGGGCCUGCCCGUCGUGGUCUUCGGGUCCAGCACCGCCGCGUACGACGCCAUGCAGCUCCUGAUGGGCAUGGGCGUGCCCGUGAACGGCCUCCUGCACGUCACGAGCACGAACAAGGGGCUGCCGUCGGUGAUCGACGAGAGCGCGGAGGCCGCGGGGAUGCGCACGUUCCGCGGCGUCCGGCGCAAGACGGCGCAAGACCACCACCUGUACGUCAUCGGGCGUGUGGAGGAGUACAGCGUGGACUCCGUGUCGGUGCGGCUCGCGGAGGUCGACGUGCGCACCGGGCAGGCCGUGCACCACGAGACGCUCGAGUGCCGCCUGCUCGUGUGUUGCGACAAGCCCGAGGUGGACCUGGACAUGGUGCACGCGGCGGAGGUGGCGGGGCUCGUGUUCGACGGGCGGAUCGUGGUGGACGGGAGCUUCCGGACGAACGACCCCGCGAUCUACGCGGCCGGGCCCGCGGCCAAGUUCUCGCAGCGGUACGGUGGGGGACUGAUGAUGCAGAACUAUCACCCGGGGGAGAUCGGGCAGCUGGUGGCCGAGGCGAUCGGGAAGCACUUCCAGAAGGCCGUGCACGCGCCGUACGCGGCGCUCUCGGACGCCGGCGACGCCCCGAACGCGGCCGUCACCGUCGCGGAGCCCGCGCCGGACCACCUGCCCAUCAUGGUGCACUGCCGCGCCGUGCGCUGCGUGCUCCCAGGCAACAUGAUGUUCCUGUACUCCGGCGUCCCGGAGGCCAUGGCCCUGAUCGACCUGCACCACCCCAAGGGCGGGUUCAGCCUGGAACGGUACGCCGAAGAGGGGGAGCACUUUCUGCGGGUGAACUUGGACGCCGAGCUGCGGGUGCACAGCCUGGCGUACCUCGGGCCGCGGACGAAGCAGGCCGAGAUGCUGCGGCGCCUCGCGGGCCUCCCGACGUCGUACCUGGGCGACCUGUUCGACCGGUACGCCGCCGGGGGUGUUUCGGACCUCCUGGCCGAGCUGACUCAGCCGUGGAUGUCCGCGCUGUACCACGACGAGUUCGCGGACCUGCGCCGGCGCCUCGUCGAGGCCAGCGCGCUGCCGCUUUGGGCGGGCACGGUCGAUGCUGCGAUGAGUGGACCGGAGCGGAAGGCACACGAGAGCAAGGGCCGGCUGCGGGCGAUCCAGGCGUGCGCGGCGUUCCUGCGCUCGCAGGCGACGGAGCUGCCAGAGUACGAGUUCUGA